AUGUCGAGCCGCCAGCUGCGCAAAAUCCAGCAGCAGCGCGAGCUGCAGAAGCUGGAGGAGGGCAAGUCGGAGGCCAGCGACGGCGAAGACGACGAGCCAGUGGCACCCGCGCCAAAGCCGCGCGUCAGCCUCUUCGCUGCCCUGGGCGGUGAUGACGAUGACAACGACGACGACGAUGAUGACGAUGACGAAGACGGCAAGAAGCAGCACGACAAGUCAGACGACGACAACGACAGCAGGACGCCCGCCGCGAAACAAGACGCCGAGCCCGAGGCCGUGCCCCAGCCUGUGAAGAAGAGCAAAAAGAGCAAGAAGAAGAAGAAGAAGGGCAAGAAGAAGGAGGAGGAGGAGGUCCCCGUCGAGGAGAACGAUGACGACGUGGACGAGAUUGACCGCGCGCUGCAGGAGCUCAGCGCCGCCGCGGCCCAGGGCGGCGCUGGUGCAGGGGACCUCGCCGGCACGAGCCGCGACGUCGACGCGCUGCUGCAGAUCAACGAGCACCACCUCAAGGCCAUUCAUGAGAUGCGCACCCUGUUCGGCAAGGAGGCCAUCGAGUCGGCGCGGCAGGAGGAGCAGGCCGAGCAGGAGGCCGAGCUGCGGCGGCAGCGGGCCCAGGGACGGGUGCACAUCGGCCUCGAGCAGGCCCUGCGCGGCGACCCGCGGAGGAAGCUGCCGGAGAUCUCGCUGCGCAGGAACGUGUUCAUCCAGGGCAAGGACAAUUGGCCCAUGGGGUCGGCGGGCGGGCUGACGAUGAAGCCGGUCCGCGAGGGCGCCGACGGGCUGACGACCGAGUUUGCGUUCCACCACGACGCGACGUACGACAGGAGCCAGAUUAUCUUCUUCCAGGUCGUCGGCAUGGGCGACCCCAUGAUGAUGGUGUCGCUGCUGCAGGAGACGCCGUACCACAUCACGACGCUGCUGCAGGUCAGCAAGGUGGCGACGCAGGACCAGAACGCGUCGCUGGCGGCCGAGCUCAUCGAGCGCGCCCUCUUCACCUUUGGCCGCGUCACGACGUCGGCGUUCCGGCAGAAGCUCGCGCAGGGCCGCGCGCGCCUCGACUUUAAGAGGCCGGAGAACCGCGAGUUCUGGCUCGCCGGCUACCACUACAUCAAGAGCCUCAUGCGCAAGGGCACCUUCCGCACCGCCUUUGAGUGGGCCAAGCUCCUCUACAGCCUCAACCCGAACGACCCGUACGCCAUGAAGAAUUUUCUGCACCCGCUCGCCAUCCGCGCGCGGCAGGCGCAGUGGCUCGUCGACUUUUGCGGCCGCAUGACGACGACGACGAUGACGACGACGCACGCCACGGGCCCCGCUGACGAGCACCUCAUGGCGCAGACGGCGGUGCUCGCGCACCUCCAGCUCGGCGACGACCGCACGGCGCUCAAGCUGGCCGUCGACGGCAUGGAGCGCGUGCCGUGGCUCUACAGCGCGCUCUUCCAGGCGCUCAACCUCGACGUGCCGCCGCCGCUGUGGGGCGUCAGCCCGCAGGGCCACGCCAAGUACUGGACCGACAUUUACCUGCACAUGGCCAAGGUCCUGUGGAACAACGGCCAGGCGACGGCGCUGCUGCAGGCGGCCGUCAAGCGGGCGGGCAGGGACGAGGCGAAGCAGCUGCAGUCGGCCGACGUCGGGCCCUCGGACCUGCGGACGGCGCGGUUCGCCUUCCUCGAGGGCGACACCAAGAUCAUGGCCGGCGUGCCGCGCCACCUACUCGGCCAGCAGCCCAACUACGAAUUCGACCCGCUGCCGCCGCCCCUCGCCGACAACAUCUUUUCGAGCGAGGGCGUGCAGCUGCCGUGGCGGGAGAACGACGGCCACGGCGGCAGCGCGGCGCUCGACACGCCGGCGGGCCGGGAGUUUGCCAUGCGGCUGCAGCGGCGCAUGGCGAGGGCGCAGGCGCGCGGCGCGGCGGGCGGGGGCGCGGCCAUGGGGCUCGGCGGUGUGCUGGGCGGCGAGGGCGAGGAGGAGCUCGACCUGGACGCGUUUGGUGCGCAGCAGGUGCAUGGUUUCUCGAAGGCGAGAGUGAGGACGAGGACCAAGACGAGGACGAUGACGCACUUGCGCAGGGCGGCCAAGGCCUCGCAGCCAACUGGCAUCCCGACGAGGAAGAGGGUGCGUUCCGCGGCGGUGUCCCGCUUUCCCUGA